UCUUCUGAGUCCGACGCCGAUAUCUUCGGCGACCUUCGCUUCUUAUCGACAGAUUUCCACACAGAGUAAAAUCGAAUCGAAUCGAAUCGAAUCGAAGAAGAGUAUAGUGAAUUUGAGGAAGAAGAUGAAGUUCCAAAUCGAAGAUGUAACAGUUUACUUCCCUUACGAUCACAUCUACCCCGAACAGUAUUCCUACAUGAUCGAACUCAAACGAGCCCUAGAUGCCAAAGGCCAUUGCCUCUUAGAAAUGCCUACCGGCACCGGAAAAACCAUCGCUCUUCUCUCAUUGAUCACCAGCUACACUCUCUCUAAACCAUCAAAUCCUGUUAAACUCCUCUACUGUACUCGCACUGUUCAUGAAAUGGAGAAAACCCUAGCGGAGCUGAAGCUUCUUCACAAGUACCAGCUUGAUAAUAUCGGGCCGUCUGCUCGGAUGCUUGCUCUUGGACUUUCGUCUAGGAAGAAUUUGUGUGUAAAUCCCAAUGUGGUUUCUGCGGAGAAUCGGGAUUCGGUUGAUGCGGGAUGUCGGAAAUUAACUGCUAGCUGGGUUAGGGCACUUGCGAUUGAAAACCCUAAUAUUCCGACUUGCUCCUUCUUUGAGAGCUAUGAGAAAGCUGGUUCCGAUGCUGUUUUGCCUCCUGGAGUGUACACUUUACAGGAUCUGAGGGUGUUCGGGAAGGAGAAAGGGUGGUGCCCGUACUUUCUAGCACGUCAUAUGGUGCAAUUUGCAAAUGUGGUGGUUUAUAGCUACCAGUACUUGCUUGACCCAAAGGUAGCUGGGAUCAUCUCAAAGGAGAUGCAGAGGGAGUCUGUAGUGGUGUUUGAUGAGGCACACAAUAUUGACAAUGUGUGCAUUGAGGCAUUGAGUGUCAGUGUAAGGAGGCAAACACUUGAAGGGGCUACUAGAAAUCUUAAUAAGAUGUCUCAGGAGAUUGACAGGUUUAAGGCCACUGAUGCUGGUAGGUUGCGUGCUGAAUACAACCGGCUUGUUGAGGGCUUAGCACAAAGAGGGAACCUGCCCCUUGGUGAUACCUGGCUUGCAAAUCCUGCUUUGCCUGAUGACAUUUUGAAGGAGGCGGUUCCCGGAAAUAUACGGCGAGCAGAGCAUUUCUUGUCUGUUUUACGGAGAUUAGUACAGUACUUGAAAGGGCGUUUGGAAACUGAAAAUGUUGAAAAAGAGGGCCCUGUUACAUUUGUUAACUCCGUGAAUUCACAUGUUGGAAUUGACCAAAAAAUGUUGAAGUUUUGCUAUGAUCGUCUGCACUCACUUAUGUUAACUCUGGAAAUCACUGACACUGAUGAAUUUUUGCACAUCCAAACAAUUUGCGAUUUUGCCACACUCGUGGGGACAUACACCAGGGGAUUUUCGAUCAUAAUUGAACCUUACGAUGAGAGAAUGCCCCAUAUUCCUGAUCCAGUCCUGCAGCUGAGCUGCCAUGACGCUUCUCUAGCAAUAAAGCCAGUUUUCGACAGAUUUCAAUCCGUUGUGAUAACAUCUGGAACUCUGAGCCCAAUUGAUCUCUACCCUCGACUUCUUAAUUUCAAUCCAGUGGUUAGUCGGAGUUUUACCAUGUCCUUAACAAGGGAUUGUAUAUGCCCCAUGGUUCUCUCACGGGGAAGUGAUCAGCUUCCCGUUAGCACAAAAUUUGAUUUGAGAAGUGAUCCUGGAGUGGAAAGAAACUACGGAAGGCUUUUGUUGGAGAUGGUGUCGGUAGUUCCGGAUGGAAUCGUUUGUUUCUUUGUCAGUUACUCAUAUAUGGAUGCCAUAGUGAACAGUUGGAAUGAAACUGGGAUCUUGAAGGAAAUAAUGCAGCGUAAACUAGUCUUCAUUGAGACACAAGAUGUCGUUGAAACUACGUUAGCACUAGACAACUAUCGUAAAGCUUGUGAUUGUGGGAGAGGUGCUGUGUUUUUCUCUGUUGCCAGGGGGAAAGUCGCUGAAGGUAUAGACUUUGACCGACAUUAUGGAAGACUUGUAAUCAUGUUUGGUGUUCCGUUUCAGUACACAUUAAGCAGGAUCUUACUUGCUCGGUUAGAGUACUUGCGGGAGACUUUCCAGAUAAAAGAAGGCGACUUUUUGACUUUUGAUGCCUUGAGGCAAGCUGCUCAAUGUGUUGGACGAGUUAUUCGUUCAAAGGCAGAUUAUGGUAUGAUGAUAUUUGCUGACAAAAGAUAUACAAGACACGACAAACGCUCUAAAUUGCCUGGAUGGAUUCUGUCACAUCUGCGUGAUGCACAUCUGAACUUGAGUACCGAUAUGGCAGUGCAUAUAGCAAGAGAGUUUUUGAGGAAGAUGGCACAACCAUACGACAAAACUGGUGGUGGCGGAAAGAAAACUCUUCUGUCACAAGACGAUUUGGAAAAGAUGAAUGGUGUCGAAGGAAUGAUGUUUUGAGGAUAGCUUGCACAAUCGAACAUAUCGAGAUAAAGAAUUGAUGCAACCGGAAAGAAGUUUUGUUCGUAGUUUUUAACCUUAUUAGCAGCCCGUUUUUGGAGGGUGUGUUGUAUCCUAGCCGUUUCCAAUCUUUGUCGAGUAUUUGUGUUGCUAGGUUAUGAAAUAGUGCUCUAAAAGGAAUUUUUGAAUUCAUGAUUAGAUGAUAUCUCCUUGGGUUCUUCGUUGGUAGAUGACAUAUUUGCAUAUAUCCCACCCCUUCUAAACCUGGUUUCGAGUGGGAUAGACUGAUGGAUUGCUUACCGACACAAAUGGGACAAGUGUUAAUAGGGUAAGAGUGUCGUUUGGAUUGGCACUAAUUACUAAACCGAGUAAGGGUUGUUUGGUUGGUUUUUCAUCAAGUAUUGUAUAGAUAAAACUAUCUAUCUGGAUUA